AUCACAAACACAUUUUCAGAUCCCAUUCAUCCAUCCCUUCACAUCUCCAAAAUUCUCUUCUUUUUUUCUUUUUCUCUUCUCAGGGAUCCUCAUCAGAAAUAAGAUGGGGCUUACAUUCACCAAACUUUUUAGCCGGCUUUUUGCCAAGAAAGAGAUGCGAAUAUUGAUGGUGGGUCUCGAUGCGGCUGGUAAGACAACCAUUUUGUACAAGCUCAAGCUCGGCGAGAUUGUUACUACCAUCCCCACCAUUGGUUUUAAUGUAGAGACUGUUGAGUACAAAAACAUUAGCUUCACCGUGUGGGAUGUUGGGGGUCAGGACAAGAUCCGUCCACUAUGGAGGCACUACUUCCAGAACACACAGGGUCUUAUCUUUGUGGUUGAUAGCAAUGACAGGGAUAGAGUGGUUGAGGCAAGAGAUGAGUUGCACAGGAUGUUAAAUGAGGAUGAGUUAAGAGAUGCAGUUCUUCUUGUCUUUGCCAACAAACAAGAUUUGCCUAAUGCAAUGAAUGCUGCUGAGAUCACUGAUAAGCUCGGCCUUCACUCCCUCCGACAGCGUCACUGGUACAUCCAGAGCACUUGCGCAACAUCUGGGGAAGGACUUUAUGAGGGUUUGGACUGGCUCUCCAACAACAUUGCUAACAAGGCAUGAGGUUACGAGCAAACUAUAUUGAGGGUGGGGAAUACCAGAGGCAAGUUUUUCUUUCAUUUGAUCAGGCUGCUUUCUUGUUCUCGUCCUUCUUUGACAGAGGUGUGGAUGGUUAUGGUACUCUGAUCGUGAAAAGGCUUUUAGAUAUAUAGGACAUAUGGAUAUGUAUGAUACAGUAUUUGGUUGGAUUGCAAGUAUUUUAAAAGGUACAUGUUUUCAUGUUUGUAGGUCUUGAUUCAUAUAAACUAAAUUUUUAAGAGAGAUUACUUUUGGUGGUUCA